UCUAUAUAACGUCAUGUCGUAAACGUCUUCUCCUAUUGUCAUUGAUUGCUGCGUUGAGGUAGUAGGACAGGUGUAAAAGUAGGUUCCCAAAACUGUAACCAUGCCUCCACUGGAUAAACACCACCACUCUAAACCCUUUAAACAAAGGAAAAGCCUAGCUACCAGAAUGGAAGAGGUUGCCGGGAUUCGGACCAAAUUUCCAACUAAAAUUCCGGUAAUCGUAGAACGGUAUCAAAGAGAAAAAUACCUCCCUCCUUUGGACAAGACGAAAUUUCUGGUCCCCCAAGAGCUUUCAAUGACUCAGUUUAUCACUAUUAUUAGAAACCGAAUGUGUCUUCUGCCAAGUCAAGCAUUUUACCUGCUGGUUAACAAUAACAGUUUGGCCAGCAUGUCCCAGACCUUGGCAGAAGUGUACAAGGAUCACAAAGAUGAAGAUGGCUUUCUCUAUAUGACUUACGCAUCCCAGGAAAUGUUUGGAUCUCACGUUGACCAUUGGAAGCCUCUGAAAACCCAUUAGCAGGACUUUUUUGUUUGUUACCUUUCAUCCAUCAGACUAAUUUUUUUAAUGUGUGUUUUUUUUUGUUUAUUGGAUACCUGUGCAUUGGCAGGUCCAAGUGUUUGCAUGUCGCUGAAUACCAGAAAUGUGCUGGAGAGAUAUUUCUAAGACUGAUACCAUUUUUAUAGGUGCUUGUUUUGUACUUGAUUUGGGAAAUUUGUUAAAUAAAAUUGUUAAAUAAAAGAUUGCAGUAUUUAA